UGGUUCACAACAUACUCUCGGAAGAGUACUACUGCUAUCAUACAAACACUCUUUCAGGAGGCAGUGUUAGGGCUGCCUGCUUCUUGUCAAGUUCUCUUCACAGGCACGAACAUUCGAGUCUAUACUAUUGAUCCUUCUUUGAGCCUUUAUAGCCAGGAUCUCUUUCUGUCUAUUGACUUUCGAAUUCGCAAGAGGACAAGGUGUCAUGCCUUUGCACAUACAUUCAAGAACUGGUCCCAGCAUCAAUAAGAGUCCGAUCUAUUGAACCAUAUAUUCGAUGACAAUGACAGCACCGCUGGCUAUGUCUGGGGCUUGCGAUAUAUAAGAUGAUCUCCCUUUCGGCGUUUCAGUGGUCUUCACGGUGUCAGAAAACAAGCAAAUCUAUCAUAUAUUUCCAUGAUCAUAUAUUUUCCUGCUGAAAACAACAUAAACCAAAAACCGUUAGUUGUCUCUUGAUCUUCCACCGCCACCAUGAAGCUCCUGUCUCUUAUACUCGCCACUCUUGCUGCCACUACUGUGCAAGCUGUCAGUGUUCAAAAGUGGUGCUAUCUCCCUGGCCAGCCUUGUGCCAUGAUGAAGCGUGCAGCUGAUGUGACUGGAGAAGUUAAACGCUCAGCUGACGCCUUGGCCGAGGCUAUGGCAGAAGCUUCCCCUUCGAAAUUGCAGAAAUGGUGUUACUUGCCUGGACAACCGUGCCAAAAGAUCAAGCGAGCCGCCGAGGUAGUCGAUGAGGUCAAGCGCUCCGCUGAUGCUCUCGCAGAGGCCAUGGCAGCACUCGACGAAGAGUAACUGUGCGCUAGCGUGGCGCUUCGAAGUGGCUCUCUUUCUGCCACGGCUCCUGCCCUGCCCGGGGCUCGAGAAGCAUCUACGUCUCUCUUUUAUCUCUUGAUUCUUUGUGCUAUCACUUCCUUUCUCUUUAGGACACAGUCUGAUUUGUGAUACAUAUGCGAUGUCUUCACU